AUGACGUCUACUACCAAGCCACCGGGACGUACAGAUGAGUUGAGGGAAACAAUCGAGACCAGCCUACCCAAGGACAGGCAAGAAGACCCUCGCUCACCCCACAUCAAAGCGCAAGGUGGUCAGCCACUCACCGUUGAAGAAGUCAUCGCACAUCCGGAAUAUCCUCACGUUGUAUGGAAUCUCCCGGCGAACAAGGAGGGAAAGCUUGAUGUGGCGGCUGGUCGAGGUGGUCCUCUCAAGUUUGCUUACGAAGUUCAUGGCCAUGGACCAAGUAAGAUACUGUGGAUCAUGGGUCUAGGUGGUUACAGCCGUACAUGGCAAAGGCAGAUCAAAGAUUUUGGGCACGUUGAGGCAGAUAAGUAUACAUGUCUUUUCUGCGACAACAGGGGCAUGGGCCAAAGUGACAAACCUCUCUUACGAUACACCACGUCAGAGAUGGCUAAGGAUAUCAUCGAGCUCUUGGAUCAUUUGGACUGGAAAGAGAAGAGAGAUCUGCAUAUCGUUGGAAUCAGCAUGGGUGGCAUGAUUGCACAGGAACUCGCUCUAUUGAUACCCGAGAGAAUCUGCAGUCUGAAUCUGAUAUCCACAGCACCGCGAAUCGUUCGCACACUCCCCUUCUUCGAGAACCUGAAGAAUCGAGCCCAGCUCUUAAUGCCAAAGACACCUGACAACCAGAUCGCCAAAGUCAAAGCAGAUUGUUACUCCGCAGAAUGGCUCGCCCAACCAGACGAAGUGGAGUAUGUUGUGGAACCAUUUCCAACUAACGGCGAUCGAUUCGCCGCACAGGAGCUCAGGAAACGUACUACACCUGGUCUCUUUACCACAACGGGUUUCAUCUGCCAGCUAUAUGCCGCCGGCUUCCAUCACAAAUCAGCCAAACAGCUAAAGCAGAUCGGAGACAAAGUGGGCAGGAAUCGUAUCCUCGUAUUCCAUGGUACCGGUGAUAACAUGGUCAACUUUGUUCACGGGAAAAUGUUACUAGAAGAGUUGGGAGGAGAGGAAUCCGGCGUGACGAAGUCAUUCCACGAAGGACUAGGACACAUCGGCCCCAUGGAGAUGCGGAAACAAUUCCACGACAUUAUUGCAGAGCGGAUCGAGAAAACAGAAGCUUUGGGGAGGAUUUGA